AGCCUCAGUCAGUGGCUGAACGUAGAACCUAUCAAGUCGUCACGCGAAAAAUAUUUCAAUAAAAAAACAUGAGCUCGCACAAGACGAAGCAAACGGCGCGCAUAGUUGUCAUUGGAGCCGGCGUCUCGGGCAUUGCCGCGGCCACACGGCUGCUGGAGCAGGGCUUCAAGAAUGUGAGGCUAUUGGAGGCAGAGAAUCGCGUGGGCGGACGUAUUAAUACUGUGCCCUUCGGGGACAGUGUGAUUGACAAGGGCGCACAGUGGUGCCAUGGCGAGAGCGGAAAUGUGGUCUAUCAGCGUGUCAAGGAUUUGAAUCUUCUGGACCGAACUGGCGAUGUUCUGAAGGCGGUGCACUUUGUUCGCUCCAACAAGGAGAUCUUGCCCGCCGAGACGGCCUAUGUGCUGGGCGCAGCUGCAGAAAUGGCGUUGCCAACGGGGCCCAACGAAAGCAACGGAUCGCUGGGCGAUCAUCUAACGAAUAACUAUUGGCAUAUCCUGGCCAAGUCGCCUGCCGUGGAUCGCACAAUUGCCCAAGAGAUGCUGGAGACCAUGAAGAAGUUAAGAUGCUCUUUCACGGCCUCGGAUCAUUUGUUUGAGGUCUCCAGACGCGCGCACUUGGAAUUUGAAAAAAGCGAUGGCGAAUUUUUGCUCAACUGGCGCGACAAAGGCUACAGGACCUUCCUGAAGCUGCUCAUGAAUGCCAAGCCGGAACAGCCCGAGGAUCUGGGCAUGCUCAACGGACGUGUGCAGCUCAGCAAGCGACUGACUGAGAUCAAUUGGGCAGGUGCCGAUGAGCUGCGGCUGCGCUGUUGGGAUGGCGAGGUGCUCACCGCGGAUCAUGUCAUCUGUACGGUGUCCUUGGGUGUGCUCAAGGAGCGCCAUGAGCAGCUGUUUGUGCCGGCGCUGCCUGCUCCCAAGGUGCGCGCCAUAAAGGGACUAAAGCUGGGCACCGUGAAUAAGUUCUUCUUGGAGUACGCUGCGAUGCCCUUUCCGCCGGAUUGGGUUGGCAUUAAUUUCUUGUGGCUUGAGGCCGAUCUGGAGGAGCUACGCGGCACCGAACGCUUCUGGCUGGAGAGCGUUUUCGGAUUUCAUCGUGUUCUGCAUCAGCCACGCCUCCUGCAAGGCUGGAUCAUUGGCGAGCACGCCCGCCACAUGGAGACCCUAACCGAAGAAGAGGUGGUCAACGGUCUGCAAUGGUUCUUCCGCAAGUUCCUGCCCUUCGACAUGCCGCAACCGCUAAACAUCGUGCGCACCCAAUGGCAUUCCAAUCCCAACUUCCGUGGCAGCUAUAGCUCGCGCACCACCUACACGGAUGAGCUGCGCACCGGUCCCUGGGACCUGGAGACGCCACUGCUUGAUGCCGGCGGCAGGCCGCGCGUCCAAUUCGCUGGCGAGGCAACACACAAGUCCCACUUCUCCUGUGUGCAUGGCGCCACAGAAACCGGUUGGCGUGAGGCCGAUCGCCUCAAUGACUAUUACAACAGCCGCAAUGCGUCGUGAGGUGGGCGUAUCGCGAUUGUUAAACGUCGAAUAUAAGCAGCGUUGAUUAUCGGUUAGACGGCAAUCGAGAAUUGAGCACAAGUUCAACUUGAACUUGUGUCUGGGUGUUAAUCAAAGGAAUAUGCUUAAAUAUGGAAAUUAUUAUUUGUUAACUAAUAAAAUC